AUGGGAAAAGAAACGUCACCUCGUGAUUUGGAAGAGACUCUUCCUCUCCUCGAAGAUUCUCGUAUCAACAGUACUGACAGAUCCGGCCAGCCACCUCAGCUAUCCGACGAGAAGAAGCGCGAACAUACAAUCUUGAUCAUCCUUAUUCUCUCAAUUCUAUCUCUGGGCGUCGUACUCGCUUUUCUAAGUCACCGCUACCCGUUCCUCGACCCAUACGCCGAACUUUGCGUUCUCUACGGUCUCAGCCUAGUUCCUCGCGAAGUAGCUGCUCAGAAUACGAACAACAAAAACGUCCUCCUCAUACAAUUCAUUAUGAUAAUCCUGUUCAAGAUCAACCUCGACGGGCCUAAGUCUCCUUGGAACGAUCACGGAAGGAUGGACCCAAUUGUGCUCCACAAGGUUGAGCAGCAACGACUCGCGCUUGAGGAAAAUAUUGCAAAGCUCCGGAAGUCCUUGCGCCACUGGCAAAAUCUCGAACUCGACUAUGAAGGACUACGUGAAGAAUUCGAUCUGCUGCCCGUCGAUGCGUCCAAGGAUGAUUGCCUCCGUGUGGCGAAGGAUUUCGGAUCAGUUGCUGUUGGAGAGAAGGAUCUACUGGAGCUGAUAACCGAGAAGAAUUCCACAGCCCGCACGCCGAAACAAGUGGCUGGCCUUCUGUCGAAUCGGGUUGACUACGUGACUAGAAAUGCUGACAGCAUACGGAAGCAAAUUACAGCGGAACAGAAAAAGCUGAAUGCCCUCUUGCUUGUCGAAGAACCAGAAACGCGAGAAGAUGCCAUCCUGCCCCUUUCAGAAAUCACUGAAAUACUCGACGAAGACGGCAAUGUGAUCUCGAGCAAAGUCGAUCGCCCAGCUUCUGGUGCGGCCGGCUUAGCUGAGGCAUUAGGCAAAGCUGGUGUGGAAGGAUUCAAACCCGACAACAACAGCGCAGAUGUAUCAGAAGAUCUAGCCAGCACGAAAGCCACAGUCGCGACCAGCUCCAGAGCUUCUGACACAACGUCCCGGCUGGUAGAAGCCAGCAGUUCAGAUGAUGACGACUCCGAAAUCGAAGAAGUCAUUGACAGGUCGAAUUUACCGGUUCGAAGCGGCGAGAACCCUAUAGCCGUCCAAUUUCGAGACACCGAAGAAGAGGCGCAGAUUAGAAGGGAAAUGCUGGAAUAUGGUCUAGAUGAAGUCGGUGCCAUCGUCGCCGAACUCGACAUGCAAGAAGGCGACACCGAUGUGUCCUACGACGAAGAUGACGACAACCUUGUCAUGGACUCCGACUUCGACGAUGACGAAGAUGACGACGACGACGAGUCCGAAGACGAGCACGGCCGUGUAAAACAUCCUGUCAUCUCCGAGAAGUACAAGCAGAAAAUGCAAGAGCUGGAGAAGCGGCUCGGUCUUACUGACCUCAAGAACCUCGGACCAACGCCAGCACUACCACCUGACGUACAAAACGCGCUCGAUAGGCCCUCGCCCGCGGAAGCUGCACGCAAAGCAGCCAUCGCUCGAGAUGAGGCAGCGCCAAAGCAACUACCACUGCGAAAGAAGCCAAGAAAGAGUGUCGCCUUCGCCGAUGAUCUCGACAUAGCCAAAGAACGGCCAGUAGAACACAAGGCUGCAGAGAAAACACCAACAGCUACAGUCAACCCAAUCGGCGAGACAGUCUUGGAACGUGAUGUCGAUCAAGAGAACGACCCGGCGCCUCCACCUCCAGCACCAUCAACCAGCAAGCCAGCGUCUCGCUUCAAAGCCUCCCGGCGCACAGCGACCGGCACCGCGACUGCGGCAGAGCAGCAGCCGAGCGCCAGUAGCAGACAGUAUACUCACGAAGCCGAAUACGACCCCCAAGCAGACGCCGAUCGUCCCCUGGUAGCACCCACAGUCCUCGAACGACCGACUUCGCUCACUUCUGCCCCACCCGAUCACGAUGCCAUCGAUGACGAAAUGCACCGCCGCCAGAUCGCCUUAGAGUACCACAAGAUGCGCAAUCAGAAGAUCCACGAGCAAGGCGGGUUCGUACGAGACCAGUGGGACAGUGACGGAUACAUCGAGCAGGAUGAAGAUGACGAGUUGAUGGGUGGAAACGUGCUGGUGAACGAAGAGACGGGAGAGGUCAAGAGAGUCAGUCGUUUCAAGGCUGCGAGGUUGCGAGGGUGA